AUGGCACAUCUCUUCAGUUCCCCUUUGCACCACAAAAUUUCACAAGAGAAAAAGUGCAAGAAUAUUAUCAAGUAUCAUCCCCUCUGCUGUUUUGUGCUGCUUGUCAUACUCUUUAUCCAUCCCUCGUAUGCUUCUAAUAACAAUGUAACAAAACUAGUGGAUGAAGUGUGUGGCAAAACUUCAAACUACACAUUCUGCAUUGAGUCUCUAUAUUCUGACCCAAAUGCCUCGGAAUCAGAUAGCUAUGGCUUAGCCUAUGUUGCCUUUCGUUUAGCAUAUCUCAAUGCCACUAACACUAGGGACUACAUAAGAAAGCUGCUAAAUAAAGCCACUUCAAGCCAAUACCGCAUGCAUCUUCAAAGGUGUGCCUUUGACUAUGAAAAGGCUAUAUCUGCUAUUGAAACAGCUUACAAUGACUUGAACUCUGAGACCUUCUUUGAGUUGGCUGAUUUGGCAGGUGUUGCUUCUCAUGGUGCUGAGGAUUGUCAAGCUACUUUCAGAGGAACCCAUCAUUGCCCACUUUGCUUCAUGAACAAUGCUUUAGAGGGUCUUUGCCAAAUUUGUGUAGUUAUUUCUAAAUUGUUCACAGGCUCCUAA